UUUUCAAUUUCAAACAUCUAUAUAAAUCAAUCAAUCAAGAGAGCCUAUCAUCAAACUGAAUAAAAAUGAUGAAACUGAUUGUAGUGAUUUUGUUUGCAAUUACUGUUGCAAUAACUAUUGCUUCGGACGACCCGCAACCGACGAAAUGCUACCACUGCUCGUUGAUCGAAGGGGAAAUUUGCAAUAAGCCCGAUUUCACCUGGUUAGGCGUACAGAGUUGCGAUGACAUUCCCACCAAUAAAAACACCACCGAUAAAGUCGUUUGCUACACCGUCACGGCGACAUGGCUUGGACAGCCGAUAACGGAAAGAGGAUGUUACUACCAGGAGAUGGAAGGAAUGGAUCUUUGCACUUACUUCAACAAAACCGAAGCCAACGUACCGUUCACUUUCGACUACAAGUGCAAAUUGUGCUACAACGAUUUGUGCAACGGAUUACCAUCCAGAUAGUUCCGAUCAAAUUGUAUACUAAUUCAAUGCGAUCAAUAAAAUCGUGCAUUUA